CCAAACUUCUCAUUCCCAUCUUAAAGAUCGAUCGAUACAGAAGCCACGCCCACCUGGACAGGUACACAGGUGGGUCAGAUUCACCUGCUUUAAUUCACCUGACCGUGUGUGUGUGUGUGGUUUCCGGCAGCGCGUCACGGAGCUGAGAAGAGAGAGUCAGGUGAGGCGGAAGUGAAGAGAGAGAGAGAGAGAGCGGCUCGAGCAGCUCACCUGUCCGCAGGUGAACAACCAGAGAGAGGAACUCAGGAACAGAAAGAAAAUGAAUAACCCGAUACCCUCCAAUCUGAAGUCGGAGGCUAAGAAAGCCGCCAAGAUCCUGAGAGAGUUCACCGAGCUCUCCAAAGGGAACGGACCGGACAGACUCAUCCCCGCUCAUGUCAUAGCGAGGGCAGAAGGUCUCGCCAUCAUCUCCGUCAUCAAGGCCGGCUUCAUGAUCACCGCCAGAGGAGGCAGUGGCAUCGUCAUCGCCCGACUGGCCGACAGACGCUGGUCAGCGCCGUCGGCCAUCGGCAUCGCCGGUCUGGGAGGAGGCUUCGAGAUCGGGGUGGAGGUGUCGGACCUGGUGAUCAUCCUGAACCAUCGGCGGGCCGUCGAGGCGUUCACUAAGGGCGGGAACCUGACGCUGGGCGGGAACUGCACCGUUGCCGUGGGACCGAUGGGCAGGAACGUGGAGGCCGACGUGGCUCUUCGCAGCACGACGGCGGUCUUUACCUACUGCAGAUCCAGAGGUUUGUUUGCUGGUAUUUCUCUGGAGGGAUCCGGCCUGAUCGAACGCAAAGAAACCAACCGCAAGUUCUACUCACGAGAAAUCCGUGCGUCGGGGAUUUUGAACGGUGAUGUGGAGCCGCCGCCAGAAUGCUACGACCUCUACCACAUCCUGGAGGUUUACACUGAGGCCUACAACGCCGACUGGAUCAGCAAGAACCUGCGUCCAAAGUCGUCUAUUCCGCCAACCAGACCUCCAGCUCCACCUCAGAGACCAGCAAGCACCUUCAAGCAACCGCCAGCCAGUUACCAGCCACCGUCAGCCGGCUACGGGCAACAGCCAGCCGGCUACCAGCAGCAACCACCAGCCAGUUACCAGCCACCGCCAGCCGGCUACCAGCAGCAACCGCCAGCCAACACCAGUAAAAACGUCCUGUACCCGAGCGUCUCCAUCUACAAAUCUGAGACUUCAGGUCAGUUCGCCUCCAGAAACUCUCCAAACUACGGCAGAGGAACGUCGGUGGGCGCGGCAAGCGGUGAGCUGGUCGUCACGGCGACCCACCCAUUCACGGGACAGCAGCCCGGCGACCUGAGCUUCGUCCCCGGCGACCGCAUCACCUGCGUCACCACGACCGACUCCAAGUACGACUGGUGGGAGGGGCGGCUGGACGACGGGCGCGUCGGAAUCUUCCCCGCCAACUUCGUUACGUACUGACUGAACGACUGACUGGGCGCCGCCCGGUGGUCGGCGGAGGAACUGCAGCUCAGCGGCGGUUUCUACGGGAAAUACUUUAGGGUUUGGGUAACGCUUCGCUGCGAUUAGUCCAUUAAUCGUCAUUUUUUCAAGCAAAACCACCUAAAACGAUGUUUCCAGGUCUAAAAUGUGAGAAUUCGUUACUUUUGUUGGUCUUGCGUUAUAAUUAAUUAAAUAUUUCACAUAAAUUCCCGUCAUACUUUGAGCUUUGGGGUAUGUUGAUGUUUAAUAAACCAAACAAUUUUAAAAUUAAAAGAAAAUAAUCGUCCUGAUAAUUAUGUAAAUUGGUACAAAUUUUAGAAAAAUCUGCAUUUACUUAAAAUAACUUCUCCAUUUGAACAAAAUUAAAUAUUUAUUACUUAACAUUAGAAUCUUUAUUCUUCCGUAUUAAAUUAAGCACAAAUGUCACGUUUUAAUUCAAAUGAAUUAAUUCAAAAUGCACCUUUUUUCUCUUUAAUUUGUACCGAACGACGUCGUUCUCUGCGGGUAAUGUUUGUUCUAGUUUUAGGAAUUAAAUGUGAGUAAAUUAUCAAAUGUUUAGCAGAGCUGUGUGGUAAUAAUACAAAGUUAUAUUUUACUUUGAAAGGGAAUUAAAAUAGAAUAUUUAGUAACUUUUCUUCACUGCGUUGUUAUCAAACAUUAUUUAAAGUUUCACUGGUGGGUUCUGUUACAGCAAGAAAUGGUACACUUCUGUCUGUUUAUAGUUUACAUAUGAUGAUAAUGAUGAUGAAGAUGAUGAAGAUGACAGCAGCUGUAUUCUGUCAGUUUAAUUAAAAUAAUCACGUGUUGUUUUUACAUAUCAGAGAUUGUAUAAGAACCAUUAAUAAAUCUAAUUUAUAGAGA